UUCCCAUGGGCAGAGGAAACCUCGACACCGGCGCCCAUCGGAGGAGCAGAGGAAGUUUCGGAGCACGUGAUCCUGGCUGGGAGGGGGGGGAAGGAGAAGAGGCUGACAAGAGGCGGGGCUACCAAGCGGAAGCGAAGCUCGAGAGGAGGGCAGAAGCCCCGCCCCCGCGUCUCCCCGCCCAACUCGCUGGAUCGCCGCUUCUCUCCGUGUGUCUCGCUUCGCCCUGGGAGGAUCGGCGCCGGAUCCCUCGGCAGAGGCUUCUGGGUCUUACUUCGGGGAGGUCUGGCUGCUCCCCCUCCGGCCUUUGGGGCGCCCCUCCCGCCAGGAGAGCUUCCCCCCCCGCCAGGAGAAAGGUCAUUUAUAGAUUAUGUUCAGCAUUACUGUCGGCAUCUGAGCCCUUUUCCUUUCUCUUUGCAAGACACCAGUGAGGAUGUGGACGUUAGCUCCGCAGAGGAGAAAGAACGUUCUUGGAUCGAGACCCACAAAUCUUUGGCCAGGACUCCAUUCUAGAGAAUGUGGAAAUCGUGGUCCAGUUGGAGAAGCAGCUUCCUGCACAAAGGGCCAAUUGAUUAAGGCGAAAUCAAACUGAUCAGCAGUGAGGGUCAUUCCUGGCCUUGAGUCAGAGGGUGUAAUAGGUGACCUAGAGGCCUCUUAGCUGCAGUGAUAACGAAAUAAAAUAUUGUUUCCAAAGAUUUAUCUGCAAGCUAACAAUCAACAGAAAUACAGGAUGGAGCCUGGGAAACUCUCGGAUCCCCCGUCAGACACAAGCAGCACUCCGGAAAACCACAAAAGAAUCCAUGAAUGCUCAGAGUGUGGGAUGUCCUUUGCUCGCAGAUCCCUCCUUUUGACCCACAGGAAGGUCCAUGUGGGAAGCGGAUCCAGUCAAGGUUUGGAGGAUGAGAAAUCCUUCUCUGGAAAAGAUCCCAAAGAUCCCAAAAGCCCCGCCAGAUUAAAACCCCAUAAAUGUGAGGAAUGUGAUUUAUGCUUUGGUCAAAAGUCAGACCUUCUUAGACAUCAGAAAAUCCACACUGGAGAGAAACCUGAUCAGUGUCUGAAAUGUGGUAAAUUUUUCCGUGACAAAGCCACCCUCAGAAUCCACGAGAGAAUUCACACAGGGGAGAAACCUUACAAAUGUUGGGAAUGUGGGAAGAGCUUUUCUUGGAAUUCAUAUCUUUGGCGCCAUGAGAAAAUUCAUGCAGGAAUAAAACCUUACAAAUGCUUUGAGUGUGGGAAAUGUUUCACCCAGAGUUCAGGUCUUCGGACUCAUGAGAAAACACACAGAGGGGAGAAAAACGAAAAGUGCCUCGAAUGCGGAAAAUGUUUUUCCACGAAAUCAAACCUGGUCCGACAUCAGCGAGUUCACACUGGAGAGAGACCCUUUGAAUGCCCAGAAUGUGAGAGACGAUUUAUGUUUCAUUCUCCGUUUCGGAGGCACCAGAAGGAGCACAAAAGGGAGAAACCCUAUAAUUGUGGGGAAUGUGGGAAAGAUUUUCUUACACAAAGAGAGCUUCAUAUUCAUGAGAGAAUACACACAGGGGAGAAGCCAUACAGAUGUAUGGAGUGCGGUAGAUGCUUUUCCCAAAAACAAAACCUUGGAAGCCAUCAGAGGGUCCACACAGGAGAGAAGCCGUACAGAUGCCUAGAAUGUGGGAAAUGUUUUGGACACCAGGGGAACCUUUGGAGCCAUCAUAAAACCCACAGAGGGGAGAAGCCAUAUCAAUGCAACGAAUGUGGAAGAUUUUAUAGCACCGCAUCAGCCCUUAAAAUCCAUAUAAAAAUUCACACGGGGGAGAAAAGCUACAAAUGUUUAGACUGUGGGAGAGCAUUUGCUCGGUCAUCUACCCUCAGAAGCCACAGCCGAAUCCACACAGGAGAGAAGCCCCAUAAAUGCUCGGAGUGCGAUAAAUGCUUUUCCCGGAAAUUUACUCUCUUGAAGCAUCAGCGAAUCCACACGGGAGAAAAACCAUAUAAAUGUCUGGAAUGCGGGAAAUAUUUUGCCCAACCUUCAGCACUUUGCACGCACACCAGAACUCACACAGGAGAGAGGCCUCACAAGUGUGCAGAGUGUUAGAAAAACUCUCCAUUGUAAAUCGAAGCUUAAAAGGCAUCAGGAAGUCCAUAGCAGAGAUAAAUCUCCUCAGUCGUGAACAAUGCGGGAAACAUUUUUUUUUAAACUCACACCUUACCGUUCAUCAUGAACUUCACACAGUCACAGAGGGGAAAUCGUACAAUUGUUUGCUGUGGGGAAAAUGUUUUUCUAGUCACAUAACCUUGCAUACAAUCAGGGAGUAGAUAAUAAAGCAAAAGGGCAUUAAGUGUUGGGAGUGCAAGGAGGUUUGGCUGACAAAAGUGCAGGACUAGUAACUUACCAGAACGAUGACACAAGAGAAAAGACUUCUCUUGUGUCGGAAAGAGUAUUAGGAAAGGUAGAUUAAGUUUUGCAGAGUGCUGCUAGUCCUCAACUUAUGGUGGAAAUGGGAACAGAUUUGUGGUUGUAACUUUAUACAGUCAUCCGUCGAGGCACCCAUAUGAUUGGAUAUGAUUUUACGACAUUUGUGUGGUCAUUAAACAAGUCACUGCAAUCUUAAGUCAAUGUAUUCUUUCAAGUUUGCAUUUUCUGCAGAAAACUGACAAAAAUGUUGCACGUUGUGAUCUUGUGGCUGCAAGAUCAUGGAACUGGUCAUAAAAGGGAGCCAGUUGCCAAGUGCCCAUAAUUUAUUCUCACAACCAUGGGAACAGGGGCAAAAUGUUACAGUGGCCAGAAUUGCUUUAUGGGCGGUCGACACUUGUCACAAUUUUGAAUAGUUCAGUGACGUCAUAAGUCAAGGAUUGCCUGUAAUGAAACCUGGCUAAACCCUGGAGGAUUAGCAAAAGGGGGUCAUUGUAUAAAUGCUUGGAAUAUUGCAAAAUACUGACUUCGCUGAGACCUCGGGGGCCCCCAAAGAAUCCACAAAAAAGGAAAUUGUGCAUUUGGUGUGUGAGAAAUAUUUUCCUGGAGUGUCUACCUGGGUCUGCAGGUAAAAAUGCCCUGAAGAGAAACCCUCCAGGUGCUCGGACUACUGGACACUCUUUCCAGGUGACAAACCACACCAGAGCUUUGUAUGCGGAAAAUCCGUCUAUUUGAAAUGAGACAAUUAUUUUCAUACAUUUGUGAGCCCCCACAGAAAGGAGUCCCGGAAACGUUUUGCAGAAGAGAAAACAUUUUAUCCUGAAAUCUUUUCAAAAAACAGACAGCCAUUCAUAAUUGUGGUAAAGUCAGAAAAAGGUUCCCUGGCCUGGAUGUUAUUUAAAAAAUCAUCUGAUUUAGAGGGGGGAAAUAUCCUGCAGAUGCCACUUAAUACUCAGGCUAGUUUUUGCUCCCUUAUCCACCCUCGAUCUUCACAGUGGAAGAGACACCCCCCCCCCCAAGAGGUCUGGGUCGUCACCUCCUUUAGGAUUGCAAAGUAAAACUUUUUAAGGUUUCUUGGAAGUUUUGUUUCCACAGGAAGUCCACAGUCUUCUGGAGUGGUAUUGUUUUAAACCAGUGGUUCUCAACCUUUUUAAUGCCGUGACCCCCCAACCGGUCGUAAGUCGAAGACUACUCAACCGGUCGUAAGUCGAGGACUACUCAA